CUUUUGGGGUGUGAUUUUUUAUGGAGUGAGGAUGGGAUAUGUACACCUGUUACCAGGUAGGCAUUUGCCUGUGCACAGAUCCCUGUUCUAAACUGUUCAUUUGCUAUUGUAUGAGGCAAUCCUUCUUUCCUGAAUCCAUCAAGGUCUUGGAACAAAGCAACAGAAAUGAUUGGGUGACUAAUGCAAGAAAGUGGAUGCAAGCACGGAUGGAGAUUCAAAAUAUCAAUCAAUCAAAGAAACAAACAACUGUACUGUGAGGAACAGGGGUAGCCAGAAGGAUGAACGUAGAGAAACAGGCAGGAAUCAUGGGAGCUGAGUCUGGCCACCAUGAUUCUGGACUACAUGGUCCAGUCUCUUUAGAAUGCUGCAGCUGUCACUGUCACCCUGAGCAUCCUCAUGUGCAAUCUCUCUCCCUCUUUUGUUACUAUUGGUUGAGCUAUCAUUCUGUUCCUGUGGAUUGGAUGUGAAUGGUAGAUGGGCAAACUGUGGAGGGUUCUGUCCCAUUGGGAAUUGCCAGUUUUUCACACACUGAAAAUUCACCCUCAAGAAGAUGUGGAGGUACAGGGACUGCUGAUACAGUUCAGUGGUUAAGAGGACAUACUGCUCUUGCAGAGGCCCUGAGUUCAGUUCUAAGCACCCAAGUGUGGUGGCUUACAAUGGCCUGUAACCCCCUGCUCCAGGGAACUCCCUUCCUCUGGUCUCUGCAGGAACCUGUACUCAGGUUCAGAAGCCUACAUACAGGUAAUUAAAAAUAACUAAAUCUCCUUUGUAAAACAUAUGGGAAUAAAAUAUAAGUGGCAUUUUCUAGAAAGCAAACUUUUAACUAGUGCUCUUUUUCCUGCUGACAAAGUUUCAAAAGCAAUGAUUUGUCCUCUACUACCUCAGAAGUCCUUGUACAACCUACAGGUCCAAACCCAGUGAUUUAUGAAAUCUGCUGUUUCUCCACAUUUAAACACCCUGUCAGGUGAGAACAGUAGGAAUAAAGGGAUUGUUUCUUCUGAGGGUGAUUACUGUUUGCAGACUCCUUUCCUUAUUUGACUUUAGUAGGUAAAGAUAAAAAUUCUAGGUGGCACUGACCUCCGGUGCAUAAUGGAAGAAUAGCAUUAAUGCAAAACACUUUGUUAUGUGUACUGGACACUGGCCACCAUACAGUGCUAAUUCAAUGCAAACCACCACAUGCUGCUACAUCUAAUCUCUACCUUUUAGAUUUAUAGUGCAAUUAAACAUGAAUACUUGUGCAGGAAUUUGCCUGGCUUCUCAUCUAAACCUUUGCCCCAUUCCUUCUCUCCUUAGAAAUGUAAGGUUCUUUAGAAUUACCUGUUCUGGCAAGAAUUCCCCUUCCAGUUUUCCCCAGCAUUUUAACUACUCAUUUUGAACACCAGUAGUGUUUUUACAAAUAACUCUAUUUAAAGGUCCAGACAUUGAAGUUAGAGGUGGAUGUGGAGGCACAUGCCUUUUAACUCCGAACUCAAGAGACAUAGGUAGGUGGAUCUGUAUGAAUUUGAGUCCAGCCUGGUCUACAUAGUGAGAUCCAGGCCAAAUAGCUACAUAGAUAAAUCCUGUCUCUAAAAUCAAACAAAGUACUGGAGGACAGAGGAACCUUGAGGGAAAUCUGCUUUGGCCUUGUGUAGGACCCAGAGACAUAGAAAUGACACAGGAGACAGGGCCCUGUCAAAUGUCCUCUUUGUCUGUUCUGGAUAAGCUUUCCAAUUGCCUUGUUUUCUAAUCUGGAAUUUCUUUUAACCUUGUAGUCUUAAUUCAAAUCUCACAAAUCUCCUCUGUACAGAGUCCUGUCAUGGUCCUGGCAUCCCUUUUGUGUUUUUUUUUUUGUUUGUUUGUUUGUUUGUUUUUGUUUUUUGUGGGGUUUUUUUUUUGUUUUUUGUUUUUUUUUUUCCGGAGCUGGGGACCGAACCCAGGGCCUUGUGCUUGCUAGGCAAGCGCUCUACCACUGAGCUAAAUCCCCAACCCCCCCUUUUGUGUUCUUACUACACAUCCCUCUCAUUGAUAUUAUCUUUUGUUUGUGUCUUGUAUGUAACCAACUCCCAUGCCAUCCCCAUGCCAGGGUAAGAUCUUAGCUCUUUGUUGACCUUGUGCUUGUACUCCUGUGACUUUUACUCACAGCUGCUUCACUGGUCUCUCAGAAGCCCCUACUAAGGACCAGGGAAGUCAGGUGACUUUCUCCAAGCUGGCUUCCUAAAAUGCUGAACUGCAUUAUUCCCACUCCUGAGAGGCAUCUCACCCCUCCGGGGAUGGAGAAAAACCGUCCAUCUGGCCACUCCGGGACAAGAAGAGCAAAACAUAUACACUGUAGCAACUUUCCCUGCCUGGCUGCAGAGGGAAUGCCUACAGGGUGAGAAAGGAGGGGCUGGAGGGGCGGGCCUGGGUUCAGGGCCCUUGUAGCCCCAGCCAAUGGGCUUUCCAGCAAAAGGAAACCUGGCUGCCCAGUGGAGGCGCUCUCAUACUGUGCAAGGCAGAGACAGAGCUCUGAGGCUGCAGCACUUCCGCUGAUCCUGUAUUUGGCUUUGCCAAUCCGAGGUACACGCGGGCCACCGUAGCUGGCAUGGUCGGUAAGCCACAGCAAAGUCGACUAGGUGGGUUUUCUGGCCAUAAAGAGCACUCACCUCGAAUCCGAGCUGCAGGCGGGCCCUCGCUUGGUGCCAUGUCCCUAUAAGCUCGCUCUUUUGUUAGAAGAAUGUUGAUAGUGCAUGCUGGUAGGAUGCAGGUUCUCCCUGGGCCCGGAAUGCCAUUCUCAGGUCCCAGGCUGAUGCUGCCUGGCUCUAGCUCUAUUCCCUGCAGAGCUCCGGAGCCCCGGGGCUCACAAAGCUAUGACUUCUGAGGUUUUUAACCCAGCGUCCAGACCUGUCCCUGGGAAGAGCUUCCUCUGGAAAACUGAGACCACAGCAGGUGUUGGUGAUCUGCACUGGAUCCCUGCACCUGCUGUGUGCUGGUCCCUCAGGACCUGUUGCCUUGCCUUGGGUCUGGGGCUCAGAUACGGUACGCAGUCUUCUGUUUCCAGCUAUCCGGAGCAAAGGAAGAAACCUUGGAGCGUUUUCCUGGCCAGACUAGGAACACAGACUAACACCGAUAGAGAGACCUGGUUAUUUAUUCAUGAUUUACUUGGGUGUAGGCCAGACACUAUGCUCAUCUGUAGGGACCUAAAAGGAAUCCCAGGAUUUCCUGGGGCCUAAAAAGAAUGACAGAAUAAGAGGGAUUGCAGUGAGGUGUUGUGCAAACUGCAAGAGGUGGGUGGGUCCUGAUGUAGCCUGAAAGACUGGGAAGUCUCUAUUCAAUACAGAGAUGCAGUGACUGGAGAGUUUCCAGCCUGAAAACCGUGGAGGCAGAGGCAUCAGGGACAGAAGAAUUCCAGGUAGACUUUUUAUAUGCAGAUGAAAGAAUUGAAGAAGCCAGAAUCCCAGCUAAUCCAAGAGCAAAUUACCAAGUAGAACCAGGACUUGCAGUAAGGACAUAUAGUGCAAGGGGGAGGGGCUAGCCAAAAUGUGCACAGGUCUAGAGCUCAAUGUAACCUUACAAGUUUAUCCUAAGAAGAAGGAAGCUGGGAAAGAAUUCCAGUUGGUCUCAUGGCCAUUCUGCUGGUUCUUUUGAUAGUGAUGGAGGCUGGUAUAUACAAGCUAGGAAGUUGUAAAAAGUUGGUUUUAGGGCAACUUUGCUGCAAAGACUCUGGCCCCUUAAGGCUGACUGUCUGGCCAGAGCCCAGUAACCCUGGCUUCUGGGCAUGGAUUCAGGCAGGGAGAUGCUGCCGGGUGAUGCUUGCUUCUAGACUUUCCUGUCAUUGUAUUGGAAGCUGUGACCUCUAUCUUGUCAUCAGGGAGAGCCCUUGUGGAGUUUCAUAGAGCAGCUGUGCUCACUUUCUGAGGCCCGGUCCCUGUGAGAACUUCUGCCUUACCUGGGCUUAUCGUUCUGUCUCCCAGGGCCCUGUGGGUACUGUUGGGGUUGCCAUAAAGAGACUGGUAUAGCAGCAAUAUAGAGGCUCAUGGGACGUUAGAGCAGAAAUCACUUCAUCUGUUUGCCUUAAAGACAUUAUUGGCCUUGUGAGAUCUCUCUCUCUCUCUCUCUCUCUCUCUCUCUCUCUCUCUCUCUGCCUGUCUGUCUCUCUCUCUCUCUCUCUCUCUUUCUGUGCCCCCCCACCAUUUUCUCUCUGUGUACGUUUGUUUUUUUUAUUAAGAGAUUAUUGUACCUAAUUGUCACAAGCAAGAUUCCUCAGCUAAAAUAUCAGAGACACUGACCUAAUUAAUUUUAAAUUGUUAAUUUUCCUCAACCUAGAAUUACCAAGGAAUAACAUCGCAAUGAGGGAUUGGUUGUCUAGAUCAGAUUAUCGUGUCAGUAAAUCUGUCAGACAUUGCAUUUCUUUAUAAGUUGAUUCAGGGGAAGACCUAGCUCAUGGUUACCAGUGCUCUUCUCUGGAGUCCUGGGUGGUGUAAGUAUGGAAGAAGUGAGCUGGACAGUAGGCGUGGGAUUAUUCUUUCUCUGCCUUGUUCCCUCAAGUUCCUGCCACCUUGACAUACCCGUAAACUAUGAACUAUAGCCUGAACUUGUGAACUUAAAUGAACCCUUUCUUAAUCUUACCUAAGUUGCUUUGCGUUAUUUUAUCACAGCAGCUGAAAUGAACACAGAAGUGGUGCUAAGGUUUCUGUGUAGAAGGGUCCUUGAGAACAUGCUUUACUGUUCAAGUGAGUACAGAGUGCUGGCAGUAGGACCAGGCACAGGUUGAUGCCAGUCCAUGAUGCAGAGGAAAAGAGGAUUCACGCCAUCUACUGAGGGUUUUGAAAGCCACAGUGACCAGCCAGGAAGUAGAGAAUGCUCCCAAAGAGUGGUGCGACUUAAGCUUUCCCUCAACCAAACAGUUUCUAAGUCAGGACGCAACUAUGGGCUAUGCCCACUCAGUACUCCUGCCUGCUGGGCUUUAGGAUGUAACAUGCAUCUGGUUCUUGUCGGGAGGACACGGAUGCUUUUCCACAGCAUGGAUUCUCUGUGUCACUAGACGGCUUUGGGAAGAAAAUUAGGAUUGAGAAAGACUCUUUGGGCUUUCAAGCUCUUUAUGCCUCUGAAAAUAAAUGUUGGGCUUGAGUGCUUUCUAAUGUGAGACACCAUUAUUAAUAACUCGAACGACUGGAGAGCCCUAUCCAGUGCUUUCUAGGUGCCUCUACCCUCGCCUAGUUGGCCCACAACAUGCAGAGUUAUUCUCAAGUUUUAUCGAAGAAAGCACUUUCAUUAUCAAUUUUUUGUCAUCUCAGUGAUUCUCAAGCCUAAUCGAGUCUGUUCUAUGACAGGAGCAACAGCAUCAGUCACAGCGUCUUAUACUUCAAGAGAUGCUCUUACUGAUUAGUCACUCGUUAACACAACCACUGACUAAUUCACUCAGUCUGUUUGGAAGGCUGUCCCAGGCAGGGAGAUACAGGUCUACCUGCUAAGAAAAUAUAAAAGAAAAUACUUUAAAAAGAAAAUAUCAAAGUAUGGACCUUUGACUUAUAUGGCGUAUAGGAGAGGAAAAGGUGUUUUGCCCCUGUGUGAUUCUUGUGUCUUGCAGUUCAGUGCAGACUCCGUGAAAAGACAAUCCUGAGGCAUAUGGAAACCUUCCUUUCCUUUCCUUUCCUUUCCCUCUCCUUUACAGAACUUUUAAUUUUCAUUCUCUUCUGUUUGUUGAUUUUCCUCAUUACAGCACAGGCUCCAGACAUUCGAAAGCUGUUUCUCCCUGGGGCCUAUAGAGUUAAGCACCUUCAUUACAUGUAUGUGUGGAUGGCUAUGGUAUGAAGAGUGAACCAGAGAUUCAUCCAUGCUAGCCACAGCACCUACCCCAAGCUGUACCCCUAUCCUGGCACAUACAUCUUGGAGAAUGAAAUGAACGGUGGACGUUUUUCACAGGAUUAUGAGAGGAGCGACCUCUCUGUCUCCAUCUCCCCUCCCCAUCCCCCUUCACACGACCCUCCGUCCCUCCAUUCCUCUCCCCCCUUAACUCUCUCACACUGUGUGUGUGUGUGUGUGUGUGUGUGUGUGUGUGUGUGUGUGUGAUGUUUAAAUUGAUACAUGAUACUGAGCAAAGCCAAGAUCAGGAAACAGAAGGAAUAGCUUUUCUGUGGACCAUGAGGCAGAGGAACACAUCUCACUGUAGCGGGAGCAUCACUCAAGGCUUACUUCAAGCCAGUGGAGAUGCACUUGAAGUUCCUUGGCUUUGGACGCAUAUUGAGUGCAGAUUUUACUCAAAGUGCAGUGAAGCUAGAGAAACGUUUCCACCCAAGUAAUGGUCUGAUAUAAUAUCAUGUUAUGGGUUUCUUGAUUGUUUUGCAUUGUUUCUAGGAGACAAGCUCUGUAAAGAAAGGCCAAGUUACUAGAGUAAGAUGAAUGGAUUGACAAGCUUUAGUUUUCUAAGUAUCACAGUAGCUACAUCGAGAGAAAAUAAUGAAGUGUACACAUCAGCUAGAAGUUAGGCAGUUAGUGAGAUAGGGGUGUCUGUGCAACCAGAGAGAAGAACGGAAGCAUUUGAACUAUAUUUGGGGAGAGAAUACAUAGGAUUUGAUUCCAUACAUGAUUGGAGGUAUAUAGAAAAGAGAAAGGUCAGAAUGACUGUCAGGCUCAUGGCUUACGGUUGGAUGGAUGGAAGAUUUCUGUCACAGGGGGAAUGGAUGAAUGACAUGGGCCACAUGAACACAGUGACCUGUGAGAAAGUAAUUAAAGAAAUUAUAAUACAUGCUACAGUGUAAAUGGUCCCUGUAAGCAUUACAAGUCUGCAUAAGCAUAAGAGAAGGCAGACACAGGACUGGGGAGAGAGCUGAGUGAGUACAGUGCUGUUGCUCCAGCAUGAAGAGCUGAGGUCUGAUCUUCUUCUCCCAUGUAAAUGGUGAGGGUGGUGGCCUGCACCUGUCAUCACACAUUAGCAGGUGGAGACCAUGUGAUUGGUGGUGAGGCAGCCAAUCAGAAGCAGUGAACGCCAGGCUCAGGGAAAGAGUCUGUCUCAAAAGACAGGUAAUAGAGAAAGCCAUCCCACCUUCAGUCCGUGGACUCUGAACAUUCAGUCCUGAGUGUGCGGAUACAUGCUUGCACACACACACACAGACCGUGGGCAUAAGAAGCCAGAUGCUGCACAGUUCCACCUGAUCAUAUAUGUGAAUCCACAGACAAAAGAAGGAAAACAGCGUUUGUCACAGGCUAAGGAUAAGCCGGAGGGGUGAAUGGUUUCCUUUGUAGCAACGAUGAGGCCUUAGAACUAGAUAGAGGUGGGGGUUGUCUCCAGUAUGAAGGUGCUAAGUGCCACUCGACCAUGAUCUUUAAAGUGCUUACUUUUGUACAAUGUAAGGUCAAUUCUUUAAAGACUAGAAGGAUAGUGUGAGUGUUUUGGCAGUGGGGAGACUGGGGAAAGCAGGCUGUGUGGGGCUGGACUACUCCAAUGCAGCAUAGAUCCAUGAGGAGUGUGCAUUUGAUGUGGGUCUGUCGUCGAGCAUAUAAGCCUGCGCUGGGAUAUAGGAAACAGUUGUCAGCUCUGAGAUGUCGAAACAGGUGAACUCUUGUGACAAAAGAUAUGGAGGAAAACACAGGAUGCUGGACCAUUCUUUAAAGUGGUACUCAUAGCUACGCUAUAAAGAAGAAACUGUGAUCCUUUUCAGACAGUGAAACCAAGAAUAAACCUCCUACCUCAAUCAAUAUGACCAAGAUCAGACAGUUAACUCAUGUGUGCCCAGGCUUCCAGCCUUCUGCCUUUCUCAUGCCAGCAUGAUGAUGCCAUUUAAAACUUCAUCACAGCCUCUCCCUCUGGCCCCAUUCUUCCUGUCAGCCACAACUGAGUAUUCACACAUGGCAGGCACUGUUCUGGGCAUAUGUGGUUGGAAAGUGUAGACACAACUUUAGUCUCACCAAGGUGAUCCAGUAAACAAGUAAGCACAUCCCCCAGAUACACCCUUGAGAAUCACAGAGCAAAGACACCUCUCCAGGUUUAUAGGUAGGAGGGAGAUUCCCAGAGAACACGAUAGUAAGGCUGAGGUUUGCAGUAGAAGCCGAUGGAAUGAACAUGAGAGAGACAAGGAUUUCUAGAUCAGCUGGCUGCCUCUGAGUAUACCUGUGUGAGAAUUCACUUUCCUGUCCUCUGCUCUCAGACUCUCGCAUUCCUAGCUCAUUACCUAUACCAAUAUUUUCUGAAUUCUUGCAGACCAUGCAAAAUGCAAAUGAAAUGGCCUGAAGUUCAUUAACUUGAACUUCAUUCUGGAUACAGAGUUUAAGGUCCAUAGUCACUACAGUCAGAGGCAGGUGGAUCUCUGUGGGUUCCAGGCCAUCCUGAUCUACAUAACAAGUUCUGGUGAAUCCUGACUUUUAAGAAGUUCAGACCUUCACAUGCUAUUAAUCGAAGUUACAUCAGCCUGGCCUUCAAAGUGAGCCCCAGCCCUUGAGCAAAUUACUUUGGUUCUCUUUUUGUCCGAUGAAAAUGACUGACCCCAGAACCUCCUUCAGGUUAGGCUGGUACUCUACCACGGAGCCAAUCUGUAGCACUCUCUUUACUUCUUAAUUUGAGACAAGAUCUCACUCUGUUCUUAAGGCUGGUCUUGAGCUUACUCUGUAGAUCAAGCUAACCUUGAACAAGCCAUCCUCCUUCCUCGGACUCCUGAGUAGCUGGAAUGGCAGACCCGUGCCAGGAGGCCUGGCUAAAUGUUUUUGUGAAAGAGAAGCCAUAAUGUCCUCUGUUCAGAGUAGGACAUGAAUGAGAAGAGGCACUAAGUGUUGAGUGUAUUAUAUAAGCUCAGAAAAAGAAAUGUCACUGCCCUUGGGAAAGAAGGGUUCUGAGUGCACUGGCUUCCCUGUUUUUUAUACUGUUAAAAUCGUUACCUACAUACACACUAAAGGUUGUAGUGUGGGUAAUUUGAAGUGUAUGACUAUAAACUUCAUGUUUAGGAUGCUCUUCAGAGAAAACAUUUUUUUUUAAAAAAGAACAAGUUAAGAAAACGUUGGUAUAAACCAGUUUUUUGGUUGAUACAUAGGAAAGGGUUAAACAUCUAGAAAUAGGAUUUUGCCUUUUAGGAAUUACUAGCCAAUCAGGGAGCUCAGUGGUGAUGUAAUGCCUGAGGCGGGCACUGCAUUGGUUAAGUGUAUUGUUUCUCGGGCUUCAGUGAGAAGGAGAGCUGGAACAGAGGGGUUAAUCAUUAUCAUAUUCUCUCUCUCUCUCUCUCUCUCUCUCUCUCUCUCUCUCUCUCUCUCUCUCUCUUCCCCCCCUCCCUCUCUCUCCUCCUUUCUCCUCUGUGAGGAAAUAGCAGAGCUCAUCACACUGUUGGCACUUGCUUUCCAAUAAAAGCCAUACUUGCCUCCUGCCUCCCUCCCAAGCACAGCACAUGUUCCAGUAGUACUACAGAGGAGGACCUAAGAGGGGGCUGGGAAGAGUGGGAGGAGGAGGAAGAGGAGGAGUUGUUCUUUAGAUGAAAGAGCCCCUUUGCUGGGCUGUGGCCUCUCCAUGCCACCUGGGAUGGGAACUGCUCUACACACACCCCAUGAAUUGUUUAACAGCCACCUGCUUCUGAGCAUUGUUCAACCUGGAGGGAUCCUCAGAACUAGGAGGUAAACAGAGUCCUGUGAAGCCCACUUCUGGUGGUGCAGAAGCCCUGGGAUCCUCUGACCCCAAGCCUCCAGCUUCCUGUAGCUGGCAACCUGCACUUCAAACCUCAUCUAGCUGAUUUUGUGUGGAAGGAGGCUUCCCAUCCAUCGCAGCCAUGAACUUCCUCCGGAGGCGGCUGUCAGACAGCAGCUUUGUGGCCAACCUGCCCAAUGGCUACAUGCCGGACCUGCAGCGCCCAGAGAGCUCCAGUAGCUCCCCAGCAUCCCCAGCCACAGAGAGAAGGCAUCCCCAGCCCCUGGCUGCCUCCUUCUCUUCUCCAGGAUCCAGCCUGUUCAGCUCCUUCUCCAGUGCCAUGAAACAGACCCCACAGGCCCCGACAGGGCUAAUGGAACCACCAACUCCUGUCACACCUGUGGUUCAAAGACCCAGGAUCUUGUUGGUCAUUGAUGAUGCCCACACAGACUGGUCGAAAUAUUUUCAUGGGAAGAAAGUGAAUGGCGACAUUGAGAUCCGGGUGGAACAGGCUGAGUUCUCUGAGCUGAACCUGGCUGCUUAUGUCACCGGAGGCUGCAUGGUGGACAUGCAAGUUGUGAGAAAUGGCACCAAAAUUGUGCGGUCCUUCAAACCUGACUUCAUUCUGGUUAGACAGCAUGCCUAUAGCAUGGCCCUGGCUGAGGACUACCGAAGCCUGGUCAUCGGCCUCCAGUAUGGAGGGCUUCCUGCUGUCAACUCUCUCUACUCCGUAUACAACUUCUGCAGCAAGCCUUGGGUGUUCUCUCAGCUCAUUAAGAUCUUCCAUUCCUUGGGUCCUGAGAAGUUUCCACUAGUGGAGCAAACAUUUUUCCCCAACCACAAGCCAAUGCUCACAGCCCCGAACUUCCCUGUGGUGAUCAAGCUGGGACACGCUCAUGCUGGCAUGGGAAAGAUCAAAGUAGAAAACCAGCACGACUACCAGGACAUCACCAGCGUGGUGGCCAUGGCCAAAACCUAUGCCACCACGGAGGCCUUUAUUGACUCCAAGUAUGACAUCCGCAUACAGAAGAUCGGAUCCAACUACAAGGCAUACAUGAGAACCUCCAUCUCUGGAAACUGGAAGGCCAACACAGGCUCUGCUAUGCUGGAGCAGGUGGCCAUGACGGAAAGGUACAGGCUGUGGGUGGACAGCUGCUCAGAAAUGUUCGGCGGCCUAGACAUCUGUGCUGUCAAGGCCGUUCACAGCAAGAAUGGCAGAGAUUAUAUCAUUGAGGUCAUGGACAGUUCAAUGCCACUGAUUGGAGAACAUGUGGAGGAGGACAAGCAGUUAAUGGCUGACCUUGUUGUUUCCAAGAUGAGCCAACUCCUGGUGCCAGGGGCCUCGGUGCCCUCCCCCCUGAGACCUUGGGGUCCACAGACUAAAUCUGCAAAAUCUCCAGGGCAAGGCCAGCUAGGACCUCUGCUCGGACAGCCCCAGCCAAGGCCACCUCCACAAGGGGGCCCUCGUCAGGCUCAGUCUCCUCAGCCUCCCAGAUCUAGAAGUCCAUCCCAGCAGAGGCUCUCCCCACAAGGUCAGCAGCCUGUGAGUCCCCAGUCAGGAUCCCCACAGCAGCAAAGGUCACCAGGUUCUCCACAGCUAUCCCGGGCAUCUGGCGGCAGUUCUCCAAACCAGGCCUCCAAGCCAACUGCCAGUCUCAGUUCACAUACCCGGCCUCCUGUGCAGGGACGCAGCACCUCCCAGCAGGGUGAAGAACCCCAAAAGACAGCAUCACCUCACCCCCACCUCAACAAAUCUCAGUCCCUGACUAACAGCCUCAGCACGUCAGAUACCUCCCAUCGAGGAACCCCAAGUGAAGAUGAGGCCAAGGCUGAGACAAUCCGCAACCUGAGGAAGUCCUUUGCCAGCCUCUUCUCCGACUAGCCUCUAUCCAGGCUGGAGGACAGGAGGGCAAGAAGACUCAGUGACUGGAGCCCUGUCUGGUUCCCUCCUUCUCAGCCUUGGUUCCUGAUGGAAAUAUGCUUCCUAAAUACAUCUGUCCCAGGAACUGGUGAUCUACAUUCCCACCUCCUUGACCAUGACAUUCUAAUGCUGUCUGACUGAGCGGUAGCCUUGAGAGCCCCUAGGUUCCUCAACACGGACCUUCUAGACAGACAAGGCAUCACUACAUCCACCAUACGCUUGCUCCCUGCCGCCGGUACCACGUGAGAUGUCUGUGUGGCUUGUUUUUGCAGUCUUAUUAGUAUUUUGCUUGCCUUUGGGCUGAGGCCCCCUUCUAAGCUGUGACUCACCUCCAUCAAAUGCAUACUUUAUAGUCGGACCUCAGCAACACAAGAGGCAAUUAUUUUUUAAUGGUGUUUUUGCAAACAGAAAAAGGGAAGCCCAGCCUGGGAGCCCACUAUGCACCCAAAGCAAACUCGUGCCAUCGUUACUGGGAGUAGGCUGGCAAAGGCCCCAUCACAGCUGGCCCUCAUGAUGACCUUGAUGCAACAGAAAGAAGCUAGACCCUAUGCAACAUGUGGGACCUUUCAGAACAGAGGGAAACCCACAGAGCCAACAGCAGGAAUCCAGAAGACAGAGCCUGUGUUCCCUGGGGAGAGGGUUACAGGAUGAUUGUGCUUGUCUGACCUCACACAGAAAGAGAAUGUGGAUGGCUCCCUGUCACAGGAUCAGAAGACACAGUGAUGGUUCAGCAUUUUACCUGCUCUGAAAAAAGGAGUCAGUAGGCCACUCAAUUUACAGUGGAGAAGCCUUCAAAAGCAGUGUGUGUGUUUUUUUUCUUUAGGAGACCUUGAAGCCUUUUGGAAUUUCUUCCAGAAAAAGUUCCACUCCAACCUUGUUUCAGUGUUGCCAUGAUGACUACAAUGGUUUGCUGCAGAGCUAGGCAGAAUGGUCCUAAUUCCCUUUCCAGUGGCCAUUCCCCUGCACUAGACGGCCUCCCAGGAUCACAUCACCAAGUACCUGGUGCUAGAAACAUUGUAGGUGCCAGAAGCAGCCUCUUGGUCCAACCCAAGACAUCAGAACAGAGCAAUGUUUCUCAGUACAGCCGUGGCCACAUAAGGUGUGCCCUCCCUGCACUGUGUGAGGGAGGGAAGUUAUUAACUGAAGCAGCUUCUGGUUAUACCUGAGUUCUGCAUCUGAGGCUUCCUUGAAUCUCCAGAAGCACAGAAGCAGUCACUAUAAGGAGUCUCAUUCAGCAACUCAGGCUGGCAUAGAAUAUAUUAUGUAGCCCACGAAAGUCUCAAACUCACAGUAAUUCUCCUGUUUUCUUAAGUCUCCCAAGUGCUGAGAUUACAUUUACGAACCGCCACACCCAGCAAGUAAUUACUUUUUGGUCAGCUCAGCCCAGACGAGUGGCAGAGACAAAGGUAGAGACCCUCUCCUGCCUUGGUUCACUUAGAACCCUGUAUUUCUGCAGAAUGCACCUCCAGGCUGGUUUCCAGCAGGGAUCGGCUCAAUAUCAAAAGUGGUAGCUUUGCCACUGACUGCUAGAGAUCCAGUUAGCCAUCAAGGUCAUCCUCUUUCUCCUUCCCUCUUCCCUCUUUCAAGAUGAAGCGGUAUUGAGAGCAAGCAUACUAGAGUUACUGCAGAAGCUCUCCUUUGGCCUCUCUUCCCAUAUCCUUGGUUAGAGUGGUAAGUAGCAACUGUGACAUAAGAUCACGUAGGUUCAGUGGCCACUGAGGCCAUAGUUUGGAGCUGGAGAUGCAGGGUUUAGGCCUAACUGGAAAUGACCAGAAUCAACAGCAAAUUGGCUGUGGUAUGAAGUGAGGAGUGAACUGCUGAAGGCCUAGAAGCCCUCCCAGUACCAAGAAGAUUGCAAACUUCCAUGACUUCAGUGUGAGGACAGUCCGUGAGCAUGCUUGCCCACAUCUCCCCAACUCAACUGCUCUUCUAUCCCAGGAUGAGCAUGGCAGAGGCUUCCAGAAUGCUUCUUUAGGCUAAUGGGGUGGCCCAGCAUGUGGUGAGGCACAUGGCACAACUGUCAGUGCAUUCUCCUAGACACAUCCGCUCUCUGGUAAGGGAAGAGGUCUUGAGGCCAGCAUCCACAAGUCAUGCUUUAGGUGGGUUAUCUAAAUAAGAAAAGCGAUCAGUCUGUGAGUUCAAGAAUGUUGCUUCUUCCUCCUGCCCUUCCCCUACUCUUAGUUCUUGCACCUUGCUCUAGAACCUCUGAAGAAAGGUAUAGGUGAGGCAGAAGGAAGGAAGUGUGGGAGGUAAGAUUUGAAAUAUCAAAAGUAGUCUGUGAAGUGAGUUCUACAGAAGAGGAUGUGGACUUUAAUGCCUGGCUAAUGACCCGAAUGAGUACGUUAGUACAUAACAUCUUAAAGCCCCAUUACCUCAUUUCAGACUGUAGUCCUCGUUCUAGGGAGUUCCUGGUAUUUGCUUCAAUAACACACUGCUUCCCCACCAGACCUUGAGAAGCCAGGCCUCCCUCACUCAUGAGGCACAUGUGCAGGGAAAUCAGAAGCUCCUGACACUGAUAGUUGAAGUUGCUCCUUUAGGAACAACUUUCUACAGAAAGCUCUGCCCCAGUCAGUAAGAUCAAGCAGAGACAGAGAUAGGCAGGCAGACAGGCAGGCAGGCAGGCAGGCAGGCAGGCAGGCAGGCAGGCAGGCAGACAGACAGACAGACAGACAGACAGACAGACAGACAGACAGAGACACAGAGGGACAGGGGGUGGGGGGCAAUGGACAGAUGGAUGCAGGGACAAGAAACCUUGCAUUCUGGAAAAGGAUGAGAGGUAUCACAGAACGCCAUGCAUUGAGUGGUCAAGAACACAGGUGGCAGUCAUUACUUUACAGCAGUUUCAACCUAGUCUCAAUACUAAAACAGCUCCUGACACAGUGGAGUAAAAACCAGCAGCAGGAAGUUUCUCAAAAUGUGGGUCAUGGCCCUGGACUACUUAUAAAGGCCCAGGAAACUUUGCUUCAGAGCACUGAACUGUGAACUUGCAGUUAGAAGGCUCAGAGCCUGCAGCUUGAUCAGCCCGCUGAGAUUCAAUCUGAAGCAGAGCUUCAAUCACCAGCCUUGCUGAGGACCCACUCCUUUGAUGGGCAGAACCAGUGGCUCCAUAAAUGACCUUGUGGCCAAAAUAUUCUCACAUUCUGCCCUUAAAAACAUCUCAGCAAUCAAUGACAUCCCUCCAGGAUCCCAAUGACAGUAGCACAAAUGUCUUUCACAAUCUUAAUCAGGCCAGGCAUCCUGAUUUUUAUAACCAUGCAAGGACGUCUAGAUUGAUGAUGUAACACUAGACUAUAGCCAGCACUUUUAAUUUCCAACUGCCUGGGAAUGAAACAGAAGCCAAGAAUAUAAAUACAGGUCCUAUGGAGCUCACACAUCCCUCCAGUGGAUCGUUUUUCCCAUAGGCUAGUCCAUGUUGCUCCUGAAACUUUAACCUUCAAUAACUGUGACAUUCAGAGGUGGGAAGGGCAAAGGAACAGGGUAGGGCCGUUGUAAAUGGAACCUGAAAGGUUUUAUUUAUUGGGUUCUGCCCUUUUACACAAUCUUGACCCAAGCAAGAGCAUUUUCUUUCCAAGCUGACCUAGUGAAGCUGAGACACAACAAAGACCUAUUCAAUUUGUACACAACGACCAGGGACUCCAAACACGACCCCAAAGAAUAUCUCAAAGCAGUCAGAGCAGGCUUCCUCCAGACCUGUCCUGUGAUCAGACGGUGCUGGAUGGACUCUGGCUGGUGGAGAAUCAACUUUCCAGGCAUAGAAUACCCACAUCAUUUCUCUUUCCCCAAGGCUUCCAGACUGCUGCAUCCCCUCUAGCAUGCAGUUGGUCUACUCCCCGAGUAUCAGGUGUGGCAAUUCUUCAGACUCAUUUAAAUAAAAAAACACAAACCAAACCUCCAUGUAACUGGGUAGCCACUGCCCGCAGGAAGUUCUCAUGUGAAUAGGCGUAAAAGCAGCACCAGCAAGACGAGCUUCCUGGGCACCUGGGACGUGGCACAGGAGAUUGGAGCAGCUGCUCAGCGGCAGCUAGGUAUUCAGGACUCUUCUGAGGUUGCUCCCCUAGAAAAUUAGGAAGUAAAUGACACAUAUAUGACAGAUCAAGACUGGAGAACGGAUGGUUUCCUAAGCCUCUAUCAGUUGGAGUCACCUGGAGUUAAACCAACAGAAAUAUCAGUAAAAAGAGAAAAUAGAAAAACCGCUCCCAGACCCAGGAAAGGAAGCAGCCCUCGACAUGAGAGCCUUGCACACUGUACUGAUCAAACAUGGCUUGGCUUUGUAAACAAGGCCCCAGGACGGCGAGCACCAGCUCCCAAGGGCAGGCCAAUCUCGUCUGCUUUGUUCAGCUUCAUAAAAUAGCUUGGUGGUUCAUUUUGUGUAUUCAGAAGUGGUGAACGGCUGCAGGUUAGUCACAGGCACUGGUUAAGCCAGCCUUGCACAUACAAGUGGUAACAUAAUUAUCACCAGGACCGCCAUUCUCUUCAAGAGAGCUUGCAUAUGUAUCUCUAGGUUCCUCAUCCCAGAGCCAAGCCGGCUGAUAGAAUUAACCUGGUGUCAGACGCUGUCCUAGACCAGUAGCUGAUUAAACUGUUUUAUAUUUAGACUUUAACAGGAGGCAGCACUUUGGGCCUGACUGAAGACAAAGGGGAAGGCUGGGUGACAAGCAAGCCAAAUGGGUCCAUUUAGGAGCAUAAAGGACACAAGCUCUUUUGUGUUGUUCCCACAAGGCAUGAGCCCAGAUUGAUAAAACAUGCACACCCAGGCUUCAUAUUCAGAUCUAACUGGCAGACCUAGAGAAGAGAACAAAAGCACCCAAAGGUUUUUUCAUCAAGUCUCGGGGUUAACACUUUUUAUACCCAAUGCUUUUACUUUGGAAUAUCAGAAACAAGUGCUAACACCUCACGUGGGGUUUCCAGUAGAGGAAACAAGAAGUCAAAUCAAAUGAAAUCUUUAGAACCUGGAGAGUUCAGUCAGAGUUUGCAGUACAAGACCUACAUUUGAUUCUGAGAACCCACGUUGACAAGCUAGGCAUGGCGGUGAACAUUUGUAAUCUCAACACUGGGAACAGAGAGAUAGGUAGAGUCCAACAGCUCACUGGCUAGUCGGCCUAUCAGAGUUCCUCCAGGCCAAGGGAGACACAUGUGCACACACAGCUUUGCAUUUGCCUAGCACACUGCAAUACCCUUAUCCAUAUUUACGUAGCCCUGCCAGCAUUGGAGCACAGCAGAGCACCCGUCCAGCUCUUCUCCAAGGCUCAAAUAGGAAGAGCACAGACCUUGGAACCAACUCUGAACACAGGAAGGGAGGGGAAUAUCCAACUCCGCCAGUUAGGAAUUUCAGAGAUAUGUAUGAAGCAAUGGCCUCAGCAACUGAGAAGAACUAGAAGAAAAAAAGCUACAGAAUUCGAGGAGUCACAAGUUGGAAAAGGUUCCUCCCAAGACUGAAUUACCAGCCAUGUCAAAUGGGUAUUUUGCACUUAUAGUGGUUAAGGGGAGGAAAAUCAAGAUCCUAUUACCAAAAAGUAACUACUGGAGAAUGUAGGGGCUGAGAAAGAUGUGAGGCUACUGCAACCCAGUGCACUGGGGCUGGACCACUGUCAAGUGCUUGCCGUGGGCUUCUAGGCUGUCCUGCUCCCGUUACAGUGCAUGGAGGUGACGUCACAAAGCCAUGCAGUGACAAGCUGCUGCCAAGCCAUGAUUCCACUCAUUAUGCUAUUAGCAAUACACAAAAGCUCAAACACCCAGUGACAAGGACGCACGACUCUCUAAGCUUCUCAAAAUAAAAUGAGCUGCUAGUCAAGAGGAAAUGCUUUGAGGACACUUUAAUACAGGUUGUUGAGAGGUGCCUAAGUCUAGGUUUAGAGCACUCUGCCACUAUCUUAAACUCAAGACUUGCAACAUCUGCCAGUUAAGCCCAGUGAGGCUGGACACCAGCACCAUCAGGACCUCCCAGGGCCCAUUUGGAAAUGACUUAUGUUCUGAAAACUUGUAUUUGGUGCUCUGGUCAUCACUGUUUCCCACGCCUACUUGUGCGCACGCGCACACUACAUGGGGCAACCUAACAUUCAGCCACAAGAACAUGUUCUGAAAUACAAUCUAGAUCAAUCAAAACUUCAGGGUGACCCCUUUAGCCACACCUGAAUGAAGCCUAUGGCAUUCGGUGGACAUUAAGACUGUCCUGUAGAGCAUAGAAACAUAAUGUUAAAGGUCAUAUAGCCUCGAGCCUCUAGAAUAUCAACUUUCUUCACUGUGAUGCAAAGACUCACAAUACAUGUAGCAAACCCUCAGUACACAGUCCGCACACAGGACUCAGUAUCUCUGCAGCACAUAUGCCAAGCCAUUUCCUAAUAUGCAAACGUGUUUAGAACAGGAAGACGCUGGCACUGUCCCUAUUUCCUGCAGAUGCUAACAGCGUUUUCCCCUGUGCGGCAGCAGUUGCAGCUUGAAUGUGUCACUACAGCAUGUUCCAAUAGUUAUUUAUAUUAAGUCAUUUGUGUUUGGGCUUUCUCUUGUUGUAGAAUGAAUAAAUGUUGAAUUUUGAGUAUUUUAAUUCUUAAAAGUAUGACAACCUCCCAGCAAAAUGGGGCUGUCCUUGAAUAAGCACCUCACCUGACAGCACAUAAAGAACGCUGCUAAAACUGUCUUUGAUACCAAAACACAAGGGGGAAACCAAUCAUAGGAGGUAAUGUUGUCUCCAUCAACCCAAUGGCCUUCGGAGCCCUUGAAGUUCCUCACAGAACCCAGAAAAGCUGCUAAGAAAGGAAUGGGUUGGGCUCACUCUGAGUUCACACAAACCAGUUCAGCUUUUAUAUCAUGAUAUAGCUGAGCUUUCACCUGACUGAGCACCACUGAUAAAACAGACACUUCCUGUGAUCAACCACCUCUUCACACUGAAAGCACCCAGAUAAUUUUCAAAUAUACAAAUUAACAGUGUGACUAAGGUUUUUCUACUAAAUAUAACCUUAACAAAAGUAAAGUCCGACAUGCAAUUUUUACUUUUAUUAACAUAACACAGAACAUUGUCAGUACCACAAUCUCCAUCCCAGAGGGGAAUCCAGAGUGGAGAGACCAGCAGUCACCUAACCCCUCUUUGGGCAACCUUGUCCUUGGUGCCCACAGAACCAGAACUGAGAGCAGAGAUCAGCAUCUACGUUUCCAUGAAGUCUCCAAAUCGGUCACAGGUAUGGUAGCCGGUUGUCAGCUGACCGACCCCUGCCGGGUCUGAAGGGAAAUCUGUUGUUGGGGCUAGCUCUUCCUGGUAAGAGGGAGUUAGAUCCUGGAAGUGGGCCAACAGGAUCAAAACGUGGUCUGACUGGACGGAACUGGCUAGGAGGCUCCCCAGGCCUUGGGAUGAGUGAGGUGACUGGGUCCCCAACACUAGGCAAUAUUGGCCUCUCAUCAUAUUCACCACCAAUGAUUCCUGGAGGAAGCAGCGUGGUGGGAAGGUAGGGCCUGGGGUAGACGGGAAUGGGGCAGAAUGGGAUAGGGUGGACUGACGGUAGGUACAUCACAUGCCGCAUCCUCUGGGCUUCUUUUCUUUGGAUGUGCUUCUUUCUGUACAACUGCAGAUAGAUAAAAACAGGAGAGAGUGGGAGACAAGACAUGGUGAGCGGUGGAGGUCAUCCCAAGCUCUACUCUGCUUCACUGCUUACAUACAGUCCCUCUGUAUUUUUCUUUCUCAGUCUAUGCAAACAAGGCAGAUACAUAGUAGAAUGGUUGCCAGUCUCUACCACAUGAAGCGCUCUGACUCCAGAUGCAGUGCCAAUGAGCACUUCAGUGCUACAGAGUGACAGUCUAAUCUGAGGUAUCAGGAAGCCCAAAGAAGGGAAAACUCAGUGGCAUAUAUUUUUAAGAAUGAAAUCUAGCACUCCAUGGCCAACACAGAUUUAGGUGAGCCUUCUGAACAUGCAAUUUAAGGAUUUGCUGACAACAUCAUGCUAUAUAUAGCAAUCAGGUACUACAGGCAAUUUCUUGCUUUUCACCCCUAGUGGCUUUCAAUUUAAAGCAUACACAAGUGACGACUUUAAAGGGCAGGACAGAGAUUCAAGAACAAGACUGCAUUCUGCAAGCAGUUCAGACUUUCAUUUAGCUAUUUGUUCUUUAGUCCUUCAUCCAGAGUUUUCCUCAGGCCUAUCAGUGAUUUUUACAGUCACAGUCUACAAAUAAAACCAUGUAUCUUAUUCUUUUCAUGUAGUAUGCUAACAGAUUUAACUUCCCAAAAACAAGAUUUUCACAAUAUAGUAUGCUAACAGAUUUAGAUUACCCAAACACAAGAUUUUUGUGUAAAAAAAUGAAAAAUGUAUUGACUUUUCUUUGAAAACAAGGACUAAGCCUAAAAUUGAAGACAUUUUCUUUACCAAUAUUUAACAAUAAAUUUAAUUAUAAUUGACUUUAUCAUAUCACACUAAAAGUAAAAUGAAACCUUUCAUUCUUGACUUACUAGUUAUUUCAGUCAUAAACAUUAGUCUUCAUAUUUAAAAAUACCUACUUCUUUCCAAUCUGUGUCAGGACCUCUGAUAGUACUGUCUGAAAAAGUAAGACAGAAAAUAAAUUAUUACAAACCACUUCAUGCACCCAAUAUCAAACAGUGCAGACGCGGGGCAUCUGUGUGCACACACUGGGCACCGUUACUUCUACAGUUAGUCAAGCGGUGGUCUGGUCUUCACGACCACAUGUACUCCCUGACCAUAAGCAGUGCCCUCAGGACACUGUGGGGCAGCAUGCGUCUUCUGCCCCAGGCUCAUGAAGCUGUGCCAGCUGCUGCUAAGCCACGUGGUGAGUUACACUGGCCUGGCCUAACAGCUCCUCUUAACUCUCUGGAUUAUAGCUACAUUCAUCCUGAAGUCAGACUGAGCAGACUGUCCUCUAUAGGUGAGUUACCAAGAGUCUGAGCACACAAAGAACUACUAUGAGUGUACUUAGAAUAUAUGAAAUGAGGAAAGAUUCAAUCGACUUCAGUCUAAUGAGUUUAGGAAAAAGCUGACCAUGUCUUCUCUACAAAUUAUUAACUAGCUUUGAACUUAGUGAAAGCUCUAGCCCAGUGGUCCUCAAUCUAUGGGUCAUGACCCCUUGGGGAGUUGAACAACCCUUUCACAGGGGUCCCCUAAGACCAUUGGAAAGCAUAGAUAUUUAUCUUAUGACUCAGUGUAGCACAAUGACAGUUAUAAAGUAGCAAAAAAAUAAUUUAUGAGGUGGGUUACCACAACGUAAGGAACUGUGUUGAAGGAUUGCAACAUUAGGAAGGUUGAGAACCACUGUUCUAGCCCCAUACAAUUUUUACACAAAGCAGCUUACACUAAGGAGCUGUGUGACCCACAGUUAGAAAUGAAGCACAGAGUAAAGGCAUUUACAUGCAGAGAUGAAGGGCAUGUGCUCCCCCAUAUGACUCUAUACUUCAGUCUGCUCUUUCUUGUCAGCUAUUCCAUGGACGUUGAUCACUGUGUCUUUUUUUAAAUUACUCGUCUUUAAGGCACGUUAUUACUCGGAACACAGGCUAACUUAAGAAUUACAGCACCCUUCCUGCUUCAGCCUCCCACAUGCUGGGAUUACAGGCAGACGCCAUUCCUAGUUUAUGCAAUGCUGAAGAGGGAACCAGGACUCCAUAUAUGCUAGGCGAGCGCUCUAGCCACAUCCCAGACCUGUCCUUUCUUUGUAACUAUGACUGUACCACACUGUAACCUACUAUCACAAAGUCACACUUUAAGUUUGGGAUGUAAGAACAAAAAGGAAGGCUCAAGGUCACUCUCACUUCCUAAAGAACAACCACCCAAUUUUAAGACUAAAUGACUCCAUGAUAUUCUAUUAAAGUGGAGUCUACCCAGAGGUAGUACGUUAACAGCGUGUUCACUAGAAUGUUUCUGACAGGAAACGCACAGACAGUACGUGCAGCUCAGUAAGUGCCUACUUCAGAUGGCUCACUCCUAUUUUCUAUGGAGUUUUGUUGCUCUUUGCCUGUUUUAUAAACCGACCCAUCAAGUCCAUUUCAUGGCCCACCCUACAGUUUAAACACCAGCUUCAAAGACACCAGAAUGUCAGCACUGGUGGAGAGCAGCGCACAGUCAGUCUCCUUUGGCCCUGAUCUGGAAACUGUGGUGCACAGGUCUAGCAUCUCACGACUGCUGCUGUGACCACCCAGUCGCAACAGUGACCACCGCAAACAGGGCACCAGAGCAGCAUACCAAUGGUGACACUGGUCCAGUAAGGCAGUGGGCAGAUGUGCAACUCAUUUAAGUCAGAGGCUGAAAAUGCUCUCUGGUCUUCUAUUUUAUAUCCUGACACAAUAGCUUAUUGCGACAAGGAUGUAUUGCAGAAAAUAUGAAGAGUGCCCAGAUAGUGCUGUGGCAUCAGGAAGCCUAGAGCUUCUUUACUCAAAAGCCACUCAUAACGAACUGCAGAACAAAAUAAAACAGCAAGGGAAAAACUAUACGUAUAAACUUUAGCCAGCUGACUAACACCAUGGCAACCACAGCAAGAGCCUGUUCUUCUCCCAUCAACAUGUAAAUCACCUCGAAAAUCCCGCAGAUACAAGCACCUCCACAGCAGUGGGUCAUUUGAUGCAAUGAGGAGGUCAUGGCAGACUGCAGACAGAGCCAGGACGGAAUGAACAUCCAGAAGUCGGAAGAUGCGUAGUUUCAGCUCCAGUGGAAGGACAACCAGCCCAAACACAUCUGGGAGGUUCAGCACUGGAUGGGAAAAACAGCAACAGGAGUUACUGAGUAAAGAGCAUCAUUAAAAGCUGACACCGCUUCUCUCUGAAAAGGUGACGCCGGGUCUUGACUAUCAGCUUCCGCUGUAACUGUACUUUGAACUACUACCCUCGAGCGUCACUUGACGUGCUCUCUGCAACACACUGGAUCUCAGCACUUCUUCUGAGAAUCAGCCCAUGGCUGGGCUGACAUGGACGUUCCCGAUGCAGGUCACUCCGCCAAAGCAAACCCACACGCACAUGCAUAUGACUAGAAAUAAGUGCCUCACCAUGACACAAAUGAGAGAAACCAGACUUGUAAAGGAUCUUCUGAAAAACAUAAAGCUUGCUGAAUAACAAUUUCAUCAUCCAUAAAUUAUAUAUAGUAAAAUCUACCUUCAAAGUUACUAAUAUUCAACAUCACCAAUGUAGAAAUAUCUCGUGCCCAAUAAAUGUUGCUUCCAAACAGCGGGAACAGUCGAGCUGCAGAGAGGGCUCAGCAGUCAAGAGCACUGAGCUCCAGAGCACCCAGGUCUAUUCCCUGCACCUCAUGGGGACCACCACCAUCCCUCACUUCAUUUUCAGGGUUCCACCUGCUCUCUUCUGACCUCGGCCAGCGCUGUAAGCACACAUGGAACACAUACCUGCAAGCAAAUUACUCAUACACACAAGUGUGUGGGUUUGUGGUUUUUUUUAAUUUUUAGGAUGCAUUUUUAAAAACAAUGAUGACUUAGCAGAUAAAGGUGCCUGUCAUUAAGGCUGACCUGGGCUCAAUUCCCUGGGAUUAUGUAAUGCAAAAAAGAACCAAUUCUUGCAGUUGUCCUCUGACCUCUGUCCUGUAUGGUGACUUAAAUGCAGCUGUGAGCACGUGUCCACAUACGCGCGCGCACACACACACACACACACACACACACACACACA